AUGGCAUGGAUGACGGUGACCUUCGGCGGCAUUCAAGGUCUGGGAAUUGGUGUUAUUACAUCGACGUAUAGUAUACUCCUUGCUCUGUAUUUUGACAAGUACAGAGGCUUAACGUCGGGAAUGAAGUUUGCUGGAGGAUCAUUGGGCGGUCUGGUUUUCCCCCAGUUUCUUCUCUACUUAAAAAAUGAGUACGCCUUUCGUGGUACGCUUCUAAUCUUCGGAGGCAUCACUAUGCACCUUUCGGCCAUCGGUAUUUUGGUCAAGGAACCACCGUGGACGUCCUUGAAGAAAAACGAUGAGGGUGCGCGGAAUGCAACUGAGGAAGGUUCGCCGAAAAUACAGAAAAUCUCGGCUGAUUCCGAACAACUACAGCAAGCUUCAACGACCCCUGCCGAAAAGCAAGUCAAGAAACAUCGUCCGGCACUGAGACUGUUACUGAAUCCCAUGCUUUGCGUUGUUAUUACACUGGUAGUGUUGACAGAUUUUACAGGAACUGCGUUUGUCACCACUCUGGUAGACUACGCACUAGACAAAGGUUUGUCGAUUGAAGAUGCAGAAUCCCUCAUCAUGUACGGGUCUUGCAGCCAACUUAUUGGGCGGUUGUUCCUUCCCCUUAUGGCGGACAGGAGGUGCUUUCGACGUAGCACCUUAGUUAUGGCGAGCUUUUUUAUAUGGGGAUGUUCAGUGAUUGCGAUGUCGUAUGACACGCUUCGUGUGCACAUAAUUCUUCUGUGCUUGAGCGUGUACCUCGUCUACGGAUGUCUGCAACCUAUGAGGAGCGUCCUCAUGGCGGACUACAUCGGUGUCCAAUGGAUCUCAACAUGCUACGGGUUCUCAGCGUUUUUCUUGCUGCCUCUCACUUUUUGCAGUCCAUCAAUAACAGGUUUUUUUAGGGACUUUCACGGAAGUUACGACGGCCUGUACAUGCUUCAUGGCGGAAUACAGCUGGCAGCUUCGGCCCUUUUCCUCGCUGUUGUCUGUGUUGAAAGAAGGAACACAAAAGCAUGGACGCUAAGCGACACAAUCUGA